AUGACGGGGCUCGCGCUGCUCUAUACCGGGGUCUCUGUGGCCUUCUGGGGCACCAUGCUUAUCGUAGGAAUCUGCUACACCAUCUUUGACUUGGGCUUCCGCUUUGAUGUGGCAUGGUUCCUUACUGAGACGUCCCCUUUCAUGUGGUCAAACUUGGGCAUUGGUCUUGCUAUCUCCCUGUCUGUGGUUGGGGCAGCCUGGGGCAUCUAUAUUACAGGCUCCUCCAUUAUUGGGGGAGGAGUAAAGGCCCCCAGGAUUAAGACCAAGAACCUGGUUAGCAUCAUCUUCUGUGAGGCUGUAGCCAUUUACGGCAUCAUCAUGGCAAUUGUCAUUAGCAACAUGGCUGAGCCGAUCACUGCCACUGACCCUAAGGCAAUUGGUCAUCGAAACUAUCAUGCAGGCUACUCCAUGUUUGGGGCUGGCCUCACGGUGGGCUUGUGUAACCUCUUCUGUGGAGUCUGCGUGGGCAUCGUGGGUAGUGGGGCUGCCCUGGCUGAUGCCCAGAACCCCAGCCUCUUUGUCAAGAUUCUCAUCGUGGAGAUCUUUGGUAGCGCCAUUGGCCUCUUUGGAGUCAUCGUUGCAAUCCUCCAGACUUCCAGAGUGAAGAUGGGUGACUAGAUGCUAUGUGUGGGUGGGGCCGUGCCCCACUCUUAAUUUAUUUGUGGUUUUUUUUUCCUGGGACAGCUGGAGCUGUGCCCCUUAGCCUUUCGGGGAGCUUGGUGUUCAGGGCUCUCUCUGCACUCACCUCCCGCUUCCUGUCGACUUGGAGGCACCGCUUGGCUGGAUCCUCAGUGUGGGAAGUGGGCCACUGACCACUAUGUGUGCCGUUGUGCACCUGGGCCCCCCACCCAUUUACCCAGUGUUUGUGAAAUAAAUAUGAUGUUUGUC